AUGGUGGGAAACGAGUGGAACAAGUUUUUGAAGAGGUAUUCGAUCGUCUUGUCCGGCAAAUGCCACAAGUCCGUGACAUGUUCACAACCAGAAUGUUUCUUUGUGCCAUGCAAUCGCCAUGAAACGGCUUCGCUGCAUGAUCAUUCCAGGGCUAUCGUCCGGAUGAUUGAGAGCGUAAUAAAAAACCUGGAAACCGAGCGGGCAAAACGUACAGACACCGGCUCCGAGCUGGACCCUCGUCUUAUUGGUGAUUCACUG